AUGGGUAGUUGGAAACCUAGACUCGCCAUGUCCAAGUUCAUCAAGGGCCGUCCAUAUUUCGCCUCGCUUGAUGUCAAAAAGGCGAGCCCGGCAGCCGGAACAUGCGCCCAAACCCUGUGUCGCGCCGCCGAGAUUCCUCCACGUACAAUCCCUCAUUUCCCCGGUUCGAUACGACCAACUCUCAAUGAUAUGCAGCUGCAUAAGGAACUGAUUGACAAUAUCCGCGAAAAGGGACGCAUGUUCAUUCCCUUGUCCGCGAUCGGCGCCGAGUACGACAUCGAAUUCGACCCUCCUGGGAUGCCGGAUUUGCUAUAUUCCCAGGAGCAGAAGCUUCGAGAGGGAGAAUACCCAGAUCACGGAUUCAUUCUUGUAUAUAGAGAGGUCGGCAAGUUAGAGUAUUAUCUGUCGGUCCUCGUGGUGGGUCUAUUGCACUCUCCGCCACUGCUCUGCUCCCCGAUGGGGAAAAGAGAUCUUGUGGAGUUUGUGCCCGCUUUACCAUUUACCCUUGAUCAUGGCGACCUCCCAAACGACUUCACCUAUGCUGAAGAGACUCGUCUUGUCCACCAGCCGGGGGCCAUCGAGGUCGAUGAUUGGAUCAACAAGAAGUUCGGCCUUAAGCCCCCUGCCGGUAAGGUUCUGCCCCUCUUUGUCCACAGCGAGGGCUCUAUCUGCGAGACCGAUGCCACACACUCUCGCUUCAAUAAGGCGCAGAAUGUGUUCGGGUGUAAGGCCACUCUCGUCGUACCAAGGGACCCAGAUGAUUUCUACAACAAGCCCAACAAUCAAGUAUAG